AUGCCACUCACUCAGGCUCUCUCCCCCGAACUUUGCGCAAAAAUUGUCCAAUGGUCCAGCUCGAAACGCUCAGAUUUAGCCGCUCUUUGCUUGACUUCCAAAGCCUUCCAACGCGAAGCCGAAGUAAAGCUGUAUGCAAACCUCAAUUUCAGCAUUACCACGCAAGCACACAUGGCCUGCCGAACCCUAAUCGCACAGGAUCGCCUCGCCAGUCUUGUAAAACUUUUCUGGUUUAACCAGGACAAUAGACGCACACCAACAAUAUUAGGCCCCGCGUUCUGGGAGGUCAUCCACGGGGCGCUCACCAAGAUGCGAAACCUCGAGAACUUGCUGUUAUUUGAUCACGGAUACUCCAACACGUGGAUCUUUGAUCCCACACAGAUCCAGUUCCAACUUGUGGAGGCGAAACUUCGUUUUGCCUGGGAUAUGAAUGUCGCUAGGUUCUUGGAAAGCCAGAAGAGGCUCCGGGUGUUCCAUCUGUACGACCAGAUGGAGGAAAUAGGCGCUGAGAUCAAUCCCGCGCGCUUGCCCCCGCUGAAUGUCCUGGAUGCGGCUUUGAUGAUUGGAAUCCAGUUUCUUUCUUGCCCCCUCACCCAUCUACAACUGGUCCUUGACAACGACAUCCUUCCGUCUCUGUCUUUAGAGAUUCUCGCUGGGCUUGCGCCCCUCAGCAAGACACUUCGUUCGCUCAACUUACUCGAAGUGCAUGAGAUUAUGUCCACUAAAGCGCUCGAAAUUGUAGCAAAUUGCUGCCCUUUGCUCCGUCACAUUGGGCAUUUUCCUUUACCCAUUGAAAAUCGACAUGAGUUUCACGCCUCCCUUUUGCGACUGCACUACCUCCGCUCCAUAGAGCUUGACGUUACUCGCUGGGUGCCUCAGCCCAUUCUCACAAGCCAGCGAGCACUCGCGGCGGAAAUCAAGACGUUUUGCCCUACGAUUCGUGCUGUUGCAUUUUGGAUGGGGACCACAAGAUUCAAAUGGACCUACUCGGGCGAAGCCUGGAGUCAGCGCACGGACACUCAUCAACAUCCUCAAUAUACAUUCGUUUGGACAUCUGCUUGA